AUGGAUUCGUUAACAUUAACGGACGCUAAAAAUAAAAGAUCGCAAAUACGAGCAGCGGCCACGCGAUUAAGAACCUUUAUGGAUAAUUUCGAUAUAAAUCAAGGCUCGCGACACGACAUAAGUGUGCGUAAGCAAAAAUUAGCUGAUAUGUGGGCUCAGUUCGACGAGGUACAGACACGUAUUGAAACCCUCGAAAAUGCUGACCCUACCACGGAUAAGGAUCGUCUUCUCGAGCAACAGAUGCACCAACGCGCUAGCUUUGAGGAGCCUUACUAUACUUUAAUGUCACGUUUCGAUACAACUCUCGAAUUAUGCGACCGAAAUUCGCAACCUGAAAUUCGCACAACUCCAAUAUCGGAGAGUAACCACACGGUCAAUAACAGGGAAACGCGCAUUAAACUUCCCAAGAUAAUUUUACCAACUUUUUCAGGUUCUUUUGAGGAUUGGUAUUCAUUCAAGGACACCUUCGAAAAGCUAAUCCAUCAGAACGAAGAUGUAUCUGUUAUCGAAAAGUUCCAUUAUUUACGCUCUUCAUUAAAGGACAAAGCAGCGGAGAUUAUACAGUCCUUAGAUACGACGACGGAUAACUAUGACGAUGCCUGGGCAGCCGUUAAAAAUCGUUAUGACAAUAAGCGCUGGACCAUACAAAGGCACAUCAAAGCCAUAUUUGAUGCACCAGCUAUUAACAAGGAAAAUCAUUUAGCUCUGCGUGAGUUACUCGACACUAUUCUUAAGCAUCUACGCGCUCUUAAGGCUCUCAAUAGGCCUACUGAAUCUUGGGACGAUUUAAUUGUUCACAUUGUAGUUUCUAAGCUCGACAUACCUACGAGUAAAGCUUGGGAAAUAAGUCUUGAUGACGAUGUACCCGAUUUAAAAACAUUAAUGCAAUUCCUUUCAAAACGUUGUCAAGCUUUAGAAGCAAUUCACGCUAAAACUCAUAACAAUGCAACGAAUAAUACACAGAAACAAGGAAAACAUAAGGGUACAUCGGUCGCCAACGUCGCUACAUCUAAUUUAUCUUGUCCUUUAUGUAAAGAAAAUCACCAGUUAUAUCAUUGCGAAGAAUUUCUCAAACUAACAGUCGAGGAUAGGAUUAAGAAUGCGAAAAAGGCUCAUCUUUGUAUAAAUUGUUUAAGAUCUACCACCCAUCAAUCCAAACUUUGUAAAUCAAGCGCCUGUCGUAAAUGCAGCAAAAAGCACAACACCUUGUUACAUAUGUCUACCACAGACAACGCAGAUCAAUCAUUAUCGAAUACUAGGACUCCUCCUGAUAAAACAACUGACACGCCUCUACCAGUCUCCACACAAUGCAUUUCAAGUCAUCAUCCAUUGAACGUCUUGCUAUCUACAGCCAUUGUAAACAUUUACGAUUCGAAUAACAAACCUCUUUCUUGUCGCGCAUUACUUGACAGCGGUUCUUAA